GAUGAGGGGGAGAUAGGUGUCCUGGUGUGCAGGCACAACAAGCUGCUGAGUGGCAGCAACACCAAACGCAUCCGCCUGUGGGCAGUGGCUGCUGUGCAGGAGCUGAGGCUGAAAGGUCCCCAUGCCAGGUCCAGCUCUGUCCUGCUAGAACACGAGAUGACCCUCGAUGGGACGAUAGUUAGUGCAGCCUUUGAUGACUCCCUGGAGAUGGGGAUCGUGGGCACCACGGCAGGGACACUCUGGUACAUCAACUGGGUGGAGAGCACGAGCAUCCGACUCAUCAGCGGCCACAAGAACAAGGUGACCGAGGUGUGCUUCAGCCCUGACGAGUCCCACUGUGCCACGUGUGGGGAGGAUGGCAGCGUCAGGAUCUGGGCUCUGGGCAGCAUGGAGCUGGUGGUGCAGUUCCAGGUGCUCAACCAGAGCUGCCAGUGCCUGGCCUGGGAGCCUCAUGCCCUUGUCAGGUGGGGAGCUGAGAGCCAGCACGUGGUGGCAGGGUACAGCGAUGGCACCAUGCGUGUGUUCAGCGUUUCCAGGACAGAGAUGGAGCUGAAGAUGCAUCCCCACAGCGCUGCACUCACGGCCCUUGCCUACUCCACAGAGGGAGAAAUGAUCUUAUCAGGAGGCAAGGAUGGGCUCGUGGCUGUCAGCAGCCCCCGCACUGGAAUGACAAUCCGUGUCCUGGCUGACCACAAGGGCUCCUGCAUCACCGUGCUGCAGUGCACCAGGAAGCAGUACCAUGAUUUUGGGGUGGAAGGAAGCGAGCUCUGGCUGGCCACCAGCUUGGACCGACGGGUCAGCGUCUGGGCCUCCGACUGGCUGAAGGAUAAGUGUGAGCUCCUGGACUGGCUCAGCUUCCCAGCUCCUGCCAGCCCCCAGGGUCUCAGCAGCCUCCCACCCAGCCUGGCCGCCUUCUGCCCCUGGGAACCUGGCACCCUGGUCUAUGUUGGUUUUGGGGUGCAGAAGGAAGCCCUGUUCUACAGCCUGCGCCAGAAACAG